AUGGCACUGGAUGCAUGGAGACUGGUCCAGAAGAGUUAUGCACACUGCACCCAUUGUGGUGCAGAAACGGGAGGAGGAGCAGGUGGAGGCAGAAGAGGGCAAUUCCAGGUCAUAGGACCAAGAGCACCAGUCAUUGCCUUUGUUGGGGAAGAGGUUGUGGUUUCCUGUCAUCUCAACCCAUCAAUAGAUGCUCAGAACAUGGAAGUGAGAUGGUACCGAAAUGAUCCUUCAGGUCUGGUGCAUUAUUAUGGGACUUCCCAGGAUCAUAUGGACCAGCAAAUGCCAGAGUAUCAAGGGAGGACCAAGUUCCUGAAGGGGAAUAUUACCAAAGGGCUUGUUGCCCUAAGGAUCCAUCACAUCAGACCUUCAGAUGAAGGGGAGUAUGUGUGUUUCUUUGAAAGCUCUACAUUCUACAAUAAAGCACAGUUCAAAGUGUUGGUCACAGUCUCAGGUACAGCUCCUCAUAUUCACAUUGAACCUGGCAAUAGGAUGGACAUGAAGAUGACCUGCACAUCCAUGGGGUGGUAUCCAGAGCCUGAGGUACAAUGGAGGGACCUUCAAGGACUGCUCUUGGCACCAGCCUUUGAGACAAAGAAAAUAGAAGAAAAUGGACUGUUUCAUGUGGAAUCAUCUAUCACAGUUGAUAAAAAUUCAAGAGCAGAUGUGUCCUGUGUUAUAAGGAACCUAAUACUCAGUGUGGAGAAGGAGGUGCAUGUCUCCGUAGCAGAUACCUUGUUUCCUGAGGACUGUCCUUGGGCAGUGGGGUUUGCAGUUUUCCUGUCUCUCCUGGCCUUUGGUGCAACAAUCAGUGUUCUAUUUGUGUGUACCCGAAAAGCCAAAGGUUCACUCAAGAAGAAGCAUGGUAAACUCCGGAAAGAAUAUGGAAAGCUUCAUGAAGAACUUGGGUUGAAAUAUGCUCGACGCUAUGCAGAAAAUGUUACCCUGGAUCCAGACACAGCUAACCCAUAUCUCCAAAUUACUGAUGACAACAAAAGUGUGAAAGGAGGUGAUACCUUUCAGGAACUACCCAAAAGAAGACAGCGGUUUGAUAACCUGGUCUGUGUAUUAGGUCAGCAAAUUUUUUCCAAAGGUAAACACUACUGGGAAGUGAGUGUGAAAAAUAAAAUAAAAUGGACUUUAGGCAUUUGUAAGGAUUCUGUCUGCAGACGGGGAGAAAUCAUGGUGUCCUCUGAGACUGGGUUCUGGACAAUAGGCUUGAAUAGAAACAAUGACUAUCAAGCUCUUUUAAACCCACAGAAAACACUCCACCUCGAGGAAUCUCCUGAGACUAUUGGUAUCUUCCUGGACUAUGAGGCUGGAAGAGUGUCGUUUUAUAAUGUGACCAAUCUUUCUCACAUCUACACCUAUAGAAACUGCUUCACAGGUUCUCUGAGGCCAUACUUUUAUCCUGGCCCCCUCUACAAUGGUCAAAAUGAACACCCUCUCACCAUCCUGCCCUUAGGUCAUAUUAGAAAAGCCAUAGGAAGAAGACGUUCUAUGUGA